AUGGCCGAAGCAAUGGACCCCGAAACCAAGCCCACCCCCGCCGCCGCCGUGCCGCAAGAACCAGACCCGAGCUUCUACAACUGGCGCACCUUCUUCUCGAUCCUGGCGGGGCAAGCGACGCCGGACGAGCGGCGGCAGUACCUCGCCACGCGCGACGCGGUGCGCGAGGACAAGGACAUCGCGCGCGUCGAGGCGCACCGCGACUGGGCCUUCGAGUACUCGCCCAUCGUGCGCUUCAUGCGCGACGAGGUGCGCAAGCUCGGCGGCGACGUGGGCCCCCACAACGUGCGCUGCCGCCGCUGCACGACCGCCCAGGGCGGCGGCUUCGACGUCGACUACGGCGUGCUCAUCUGCGCCAACCACAUGCGCAACAGAGGGCACGUCGAGGACACCAUCGCGCACGAGAUGGUGCAUGCGUACGACUACCUGCGCUUCAAGGUUGAUCGGUGGAAUCUGCGGCACCAGGCCUGCACCGAGAUCCGCGCUUCGACUCUGAGCGGAGAGUGCAGGUUCACUCGCGAGUUUUUCACCAGGAACCAAUGGCGAUUCACGAGCCAGCUGCAAGAGUGCGUCAGGCGGCGAGCAACGCUCUCUUUGAUGGCCAGGCCAGCCGUCAAGGACGACGUUCAUGCCGCACGCCUAGUCAACGAGGUGUGGGACAGCUGUUUCCUGGAUACGAGACCGUUCGAUGAAAUCUACAGGUAA